AUGCAGCAGCAUUCUCGAAGCUCGAGGCACACGGCUUGUUGGUCUGCUAAAUUGGCAGGACUGGCGGCAUCCUCAUAUACAGGAAAGCAAAAUCUGAAUCUCACCAUCCCUCCGAAUAAAGAUCGAAAAUACAGCCGACAAGCGAUGGUCAUCAUUGGAGCUCAGCACGAGAUCGCUCGUCGGGAAUCCCUGUCAGCACAAGGUGCUUCCACCGUACCUAUCAUUCAUCCUAGCCUCCCUCCUCCAGAUGUCCAGGUAGGCAGUAUUGUUAUUAAAUGUACUGUUGUGGUACGAGCUAACUUUUCCAGAAAACUAUCGAUUCUCUAUCGAUUGGACGUAUGGGUGACUUUGGUGCUUCGACGAGUGCCCAGUUGGCAAGGAAACUUCCUGGUGUACCGAAACGGACGCAGAUUGUGUCAAGUGGAAAGAGGGCUGCGUAUCGAACGCUAUCAGAAAUGCCCGAUGAAGACUGGGGAGUGCCAGAUGUGUGUCUACAGAAGACUGCAGAGGUUAUGUACAUUUAUGGAAAUGAAGAAUUGUCGAGCAGCAAUGGGUCAACUGAAGGUGAUGACAGAUGGUAAUCGCAACUGGGCGCUCUUUUCGCCUACUGAUUCUCGAAUGCCGCGUAUGAUGAUACCUGCUGAUCAGCUGCCCUCAGGGUUCUUCGAAAGGCCGCAGGAUUUUGCAAAGUUCAUCUUUGUUGCAAGAAUGGUGGAAUGGCAAGCAACGGCGCAGUUUGCAAGAGGAAAGUUGGAACGUACGCUUGGUGUGGCUGGAGAUGUAGAGGCUGAAACUGAAGGCCUCUUGUUUGCGAACAAUGUAGAUACACGUGAAUUCUCGUUAUCCGUGAUGCACUGUCUUCCGAUCUUCGAAACGAAACAGUGGACUAUAGAUGAGGUAAUCAGUACCUGCAUAUUGUACCUUCAUGUUCUGCUCAUGGUUUUAUUUCUGACAUGCGUUUUAUUAGCCGAACUGAUGAGUUUUGUUCAAAAAGCCGCGCUAGAGUAG